CCAGGCUAUGAAAGGCUGCUCGGCACGGGGUCCCGCCAUCGCUGGGCUCCGUGUCCCUCCGCGCAGGCGGGCGGCCCCGGAGAGCUAGUGCCUGCGAAGGCGGCGGCGGCGCCCCGUCCCCUGAUAUCAUGAAUAGAGGCUUCUCUCGAAAGAGCCAUACGUUCCUGCCCAAGAUCUUCUUCCGCAAGAUGUCUUCCUUAGGGGCCAAGGACAAGCCUGAGCUGCAGUUUCCCUUCCUGCAGGAUGAGGAGACAGUGAGCACGCUGCAAGAGUGCAAGACGUUCUUCAUCCUUCGCGGCCUGCCCGGGAGUGGCAAGUCUGCUCUGGCCCAGGUCAUCAUGGACAGGUACCGUGACAGCACCAAGAUGGUAUCUGCUGACACUUACAAGAUCACCCCCGCUCAGGGAGGCUUCUCCGAGGCGUACAAGCGGUUGGACAAGGAUCUGGUUGACUGCUGCCGCCGGGACGUCCGAAUCCUUGUGCUGGAUGACACCAACCAUGAGCGGGAGCGGCUGGAGCAGCUCUUUGAUAUAGCCGACCAGUACCAGUACCAGGUGGUACUGGUGGAGCCCAAGACGCCAUGGCGGCUGGACUGUGCCCAACUCAAGGAGAAGAGCCAUUGGCCGCUGUCGGUUGACGAGCUGAAGAAGCUGAAGCCGGCGCUGGAGAAGGACUUCCUGCCACUCUACUUUGGCUGGUUCCUGAGCAAGAAGAGUUCUGAGAGCCUCCGAAAAGCUGGCCAGACCUUCUUGGAUGAGUUGGGGAGCCACAAGGCUUUCAAGAAGGAGCUGAGGCACUUUGUCUCUGCGGAUGAGCCCAGGGAGAAGAUUGACCUGGUCACCUACUUUGGGAAGAGACCCCCGGGCAUGCUGCACUGCACGACCAAGUUCUGCGACUAUGGGAAGGCUGCUGGGGCAGAGGAGUAUGCCCAGCAGGACGUGGUGAAGAAGUCUUACUGCAAGGCCUUCACGCUGACCAUCUCUGCCCUCUUUGUCACGCCCAAGACGACGGGAGCCCAGGUGGAGCUCAGUGAGCAGGAGCUGCAGCUGUGGCCAAACGACGUGGACAAGCUGUCUCCCUCGGACAGCCUGCCCCGGGGCAGCCGUGCCCACAUCACCCUCGGCUGCGCGGAUGAAGUGGAGGCGGUGCAGACAGGCAUCGACCUCCUGGAGAUUGUGCGGCAGGAGCGGGGGGGCAGCCGAGCCGAGGAGGUGGGUGAGCUGACCCGGGGCAAGCUCUUCUCCUUGGGCAGUGGGCGCUGGCUGCUGAACCUGGCUAAGAAGAUGAAGGUCAGGGCCAUCUUCACGGGCUACUAUGGGAAGGGGAAACCUGUGCCCACACAUGGCAGUCGCAAGGGGGGUGCCUUUCAGUCCUGCACCAUCAACUGAGUGUUCUCUCUACCCUUCACGUGCUCCUCGCUCUUUAGAAGGGAAGGGGGUUGAGUGGGAAGCACACCCUCUGUUUGAUCUUUAAGAUUUUUUUUUUUUUACUCAGUUAACCUUCCUGUAACUUUUUAAAAACUGGUAAAAUAACCGCCCUUCUUUUUCUGCCUACCUUCUUCCUAACACUCCAACUCUCAACACAAAAGGGUGGGGGGCAGCUACCAUUCAGGAACCUGGCCCAAAGCUGAUAAGGCUGGGCCUGGAGCCGCAGCCACAGCCCUGCUUUCAGUUAUUAGCGCCCUGAGCCCAGGUCCACAGCCGCACCCUGGGCUGGCUGGUCGGGGAGAGACCUCAGUGCUCCAUGUCCCUACAGCCACAGAGCACUGGUAGUGGGGGUGGAUGCGAAAAGGAAGGAUCCCUGGGCCUUGAUCCCGUUUCUUAAUCAGUGUAGCCCCAGGACGGCUGGGGUUAUUUUCCAGGGUAGAAAAAGGGGGUUUGCCUCCCACCUGGGGUCCUAAGUGCCUGUCCUUCCUUCUUCACACUGUAACUAGAUAACAGUUUGAUAACUAGGGAAGAAAACAAUAAGCAGCAGCCACAUCCCAGGCUGGCUGCUGGCUGCACCCCAGGAAGGGGAUGGGGUGGCCAUCCUUUCCAGUGGUGUGGCUCUGUUGUACGGGUGGGAGAUUGAGGCCAGAGACAGUGCUUGGUGGGGACGCUCCAGUCUUGCGGUCUGCCCAGCCCAUCUUGCCUCCCUGGUGCCUCCGGAGGCCUCUGUGCCUCCUCUAAAGGGGGCUGGUGGGCACUAAGAGCCAAGGGAGUGGACUCCUGACCAUUCAGGGCUAAGCCCCGCCUGGAGCCUCUGGGAAGGGGUUUUUAACACUGACAUAUGGGUUGUGGUUCCUGGGGUGCCCUCGCUACCCUCCGCUCAGUAACAGGGCCUUGCUAAUUAGGUUGUUACUUGACAAAAGUGCUUGGGAUUUGAGUUACCAUCCUGGCUUUGCCCAACCUCAGCAACUUGUAAGACUGACAGUGAAAUAAAUCAUGUUA